AUGUUAUUAUCGAAUAAAUUUUUCCGAAAGAAACAAUUUUCUGGAAACUCACAUCUUGAUACACAAUUGAAAAGAUGUCUGUCAGUAUUCGAUGUUAUGUUUAUUGCACUCGGAAAUAUGAUUGGAGCUGGAAUUUAUGUUUUAACAGGUCAAGUUGUGCAUUCUGAAGCGGGGCCUGCGAUUAUUUUGUCGUUUCUUUUUUCGGGUUUUGCAGCACUUCUAUCAGCUUUCAGUUAUGCAGAAUUAGGUUCGAGGUUUGUAUUUUUUCAAUUGUUAAUGAAAUUCCGUUUGUUGUAGAUUUCCGCGAGCAGGAAGUGCUUAUACAUAUUCAUAUGUUGCAAUGGGUGAAAUUUGGGGAUUUAUAGUUGGUUGGACAGUUCCUUUGGAAUAUAUGAUUGGAUUGGCCGCGGUUGCAAGAGCUUGGACUGCAUAUUUAGAUAAUUUAGUCAAUAAAAGAAUAUCAACUUUUAUCAUUGAAAAUAUUGGUCAUUUGAGUACAACUGAAGGUGGAUUCUUUGCCAGUUAUCCAGAUAUUCUCGCAUUUUUCGUAUUACUAUUUGUUUCGAUUGCUGUGGCUGUCGGAACAAAACUAUCAGCAAAUGUCAAUUCCAGUUUUGUGGUAUUAAAUAUUGCCGUGAGUUUUGAAAUGCAGAAACAAACUUGAAUGAUUUGAGUUUAGGUAAUAUUGUUUGUUGUAAUCUAUGGAUUAACAUUUGCUGAUUUUUCACUUUGGUCAGGAGUUGAUGAAAAUGGUAGAUCAAAAUUCAUGCCAUUUGGUUUAUCUGGUGUUCUACAAGGCGCUGCGUCGUGUUUUUUUGCAUUUAUUGGAUUUGAAGUUUUGGCUACAGCUGGAGAAGAAGCGAAAAGUAUUUCUGUAUAUCUCCAAGUAUGAAAUUUAUUCUUAUUUUAGAUCCACAUCGAGCGAUCCCAAUAGCAACAUUUGGAUCAUUGACAAUUAUCAGUGUUCUAUAUAUACUGAUGAGCUGCUCAUUAACAUUAAUGAUACCGUAUAAUCAAGUAGAUCCAGAAGCAGCAUUUUCAGCUGCAUUUGAAGCAAAAGGGGCAACAGUUGCAAAAAUAAUAAUGAGUAUUGGAGCAUUAGCUGGAAUGUUGAAUAAUCUUGUAACUGGAGCAUUUGCUCUACCAAGAAGUGUUUAUGCAAUGGCUGAUGAUGGAUUAAUUUUUGGAUUUUUUGCAAAAGUUAAUUCAAAAACAAAAACACCAUUGAAUGCAACUAUUGUAUUUACAUUAUUAACUGCUAUUUUGACUCUUAUUUUUGAUUUGAAUGCUUUGGUCGAAUUUUUAUCAAUUGGAACAUUAUUGGCAUAUUCAAUGGUAUCUGCGUGUGUUUUACUUUUAAGAUAUCAGAAAACUCCAAUCGAAGGAGAAGAAAACAAUUAUGAUAAAGGUGGACAACUGAAGAAAUGGGUCCCAUUCAAAUCUUAUAUUUCAACUUUUCAACCUGGCCGAAGUAUACAAUUAGCUUUAUUCACUCUAAUUAUAGGCUAUGUUAUUAUUGCAUUAUCUAUUAGAAUCCGUAUGUUACGAAAAUUUAUCGGAAAACCUUUAAAUAAAGUAUCAAUUUUACAGAAAACAUUGACAAUUUUCUUGGAAUUAUUCUAGUUAGUUUUGGAACAAUUUUGUCAUCGAUUGCUUUAUUUUUCAUUAUUGGCCACGAACAGAAUGAAUUACAAGCAACUUAUAAAGUAAGAUUUGAACUAGAUCGUUGUAAUUCUAUUUGAAUUUUUCAGGUACCAUUUGUUCCAUUUAUUCCUGCGCUAAGUCUUUUGAUAAACACAUUUAUGAUGAUAUAUUUGAAGUUUAUGACAUGGAUCAGAUUUAUUGUUUGGCUUGCAAUCGGAUUAUUAAUAUAUUUUGGUUACGGUAUUCGGAAUAGCAAAGAAGGAAAGAAAAAUGUAGAAAUCGAAAUAAAAACCAAUAAAUAA